AUGUCUUCUCUACUGAGAAAUUGUGUACCUUUGGGAGCCUUAAACCAAGGCAGGCAAAUCCAUGCCAACGUCCUCAUCAAUGGCCUCAUGCCCAAUGUCGUUCUUGAAACCGAUCUCAUUAUAAUGUACUCAAAAUGCGGCUCAAUCACAGAAGCACAGCAAGUAUUUGAAAGUAUGCCUCACAGAAACAUGCACUCAUGGAAUUCCAUGAUUGCUGCGCAUGUUCGCUGUGCACAGUGGGAUCAAGCCCUCCAAAUUUUUUCGGAGUUUCUAAAUUUAGGAUAUCAACCAGAUCAUUUCACGUACCCAUGCCUAUUCAAGGCAUGUGCGGGCCAAAGAGCUCAAUUCAAAGGCAAGAAGCUACAUAAUCAUGUGAUAAAAAUGGGUUAUGACAGCCAUUUAAUUGUGAGCUGUGCAAUCAUGGAUAUGUAUGCAAAAUGUGAGAGAGUAGGAGAUGCCGAGAAAGUUUUUAAUGGCAUAUCUCAAAGAGAUAUCACAUCUUGGAAUGCCAUGAUCGCUGGUUAUGAUAGAGCUGGCCUCUCUUUGAAAGCCCUAAACACCCUGGUGGAGAUGCAAAGGGAAGGAGUGGUGAUUGAUAGCAUGACCAUGCCAAGUGUUCUGAGUGCAUGUGGGCACGAAGGCAACCUCCUGCAAGGCAAGGCGAUCCACUCUUGGGUGUUCAAAAAUGGGCAUUUCUCAGACUUGGUAGUAGCAAAUGCUUUGAUCAAUAUGUACUCCAAAUGUGGAUUUUUUGAUGGUGCGAAAAGGGUCUUCUUAGGGGUCGCCAAGCCUAAUGUGGUUACAUGGACAGCCAUGAUCGCAUGCUAUGGAUUUCAUGGUAUGGGUAAUGAUGCUCUUGCACUUUUCAACAAAAUGCAAGCCGUUGGGAUCAUGCCAAAUUCACUCACCUUCACAGCGAUUCUAUCGAGUUGUAGCCACUCGGGUUUAAUAAGUGAAGGGCAAAGAAUUUUUGCAUCAAUGAAUCAGGAUUAUGGUGUAAAGCAUUGUGUUGAGCACUAUGCAUGCAUGGUGGAUCUCUUGGGUCGUUAUGGAUGCAUCCAAGAGGCACUAGUGAUGAUAAAGAAGAUGCCCAUUGCUCCUGAAGCGAGUGUAUGGGGAGCCUUGCUGAAUGCUUGUAGAAUGCAUAAAAACGUGGAGGUGGGAGAAUAUGCCGCUCAGUGGCUUUUUAAGUAUGAGGGAGCAAACACAAGCAACUAUGUGUUGUUGUCAAGUAUCUAUGCAGCUGCCGGAAGAAGGCUCGAUGUUUUUAAGACCAGAUCAAGAAUGAGAGAGAUGGGGCUAACAAAGGCACCCGGUUGUAGUUGGAUCAUAGUCCAAGGAAUAGUGUACAGGUUUUUUCAAGAAGAUCUUUUGCAUGCUAAGGCGAAGGAGAUAUAUGUGGCAUUAAGGAGCUUAUCUCAUGUGAUGAUGAUGGUAUCAUGA